AUGUCUACGGUGACCCGCGCCUACCUCGACCAGAGGCUCGCCGUCGCCAAGCGCUGCUCCAGAGAGGCUGCAAUGGCGGGAGCCAAGGCCGCGGUCGUCGCCACCGUCGCAGCCGCAGUCCCCACUCUGGCGAGCGUGAGGAUGCUGCCGUGGGCGAGGGCGCACCUCAACCCUACCGGCCAGGCGCUCAUCAUCUCCACCGUCGCCGGGAUGGCAUACUUCAUCGUCGCCGACAAGACCAUCCUGUCCAUGGCCAGGAAGCACUCGUUCGAGGACGCGCCGGACCACCUCAAGAACACCUCCUUCCACUAAUUAGGCACUUGCUUCGUACUAGUUAAUUAUUGCGCAAUAAAACGUAGUACGACGUCGUCCCCGUACGUGUCUGCUGAAAGCUAGUACUUAUAAUAUUCAGCACUUAUCUGAUAAUGUAAUCAUGUAGCCAUGUAUCCUUCCAGCCAGAAAAAAAAACUCGAGUUAGUAACUACUACU